AGAAGCCAAAGUUGACAAGAUGAGUUGGUGAAAGAAGAAGAAGAAGAAGCUUAAGCAGAACAGUUAUGCAUACACCUACCAUAAAUAUCUUAUAAAUAAUUUCCUCUUUGCUCGAGAUACUGACGGACUAUAUCCUUCUAUUAGGUUGAAUCCGACCUGAAUUAUUUUUCGAAAUCGCAGUUCAAUCUCUAAGGUUUCCGAAGGAUAAUUCUGUUUGUAUUUUGGGUUUGAAGAUGGGAACAAGUCAAAGCCAGUGGUCUGUUGAGAAGAGGUCUAGUUUUAGGAAUGAUUCAUUCUCAAGGGAGGAUGAGAAUGUUCCUGAAACUGGGUGUCUCUCAAUCAUCGUGCUUGGUGCUUCUGGUGAUCUUGCCAAGAAGAAAACUUUCCCUGCACUUUUCCAUCUCUAUCGACAGGGGUUUCUACCAUCAAAUGAAGUUCACAUCUUUGGGUAUGCAAGAAGUAAGAUUUCAGAUGAUGACCUGAGGAAGCGCCUUCCUAAUCUUGGAGGAUGGACUCGGAUUGUUGUUGAGAAGCCAUUUGGCAAGGACUUAGAAUCUUCAGAGAAACUGAGUUCCCAGAUUGGGGAGUUGUUUGAUGAGCCACAGAUUUACCGUAUUGAUCACUACUUGGGAAAGGAAUUGGUGCAGAACCUGUUGGUCCUUCGAUUUGCAAAUAGGAUGUUUUUGCCCCUGUGGAACCGUGACAAUAUUGACAAUGUACAGAUUGUUUUCAGGGAAGAUUUUGGAACUGAAGGUCGUGGUGGAUAUUUUGAUGAAUAUGGUAUUAUCCGUGAUAUCAUUCAAAAUCAUCUACUGCAGGUUCUUUGUCUUGUGGCCAUGGAGAAGCCUGUAUCUCUUAAGCCAGAGCACAUCCGUGAUGAGAAAGUGAAGGUUCUUCAAUCAGUAGUUCCUAUUAACGAUGAUGAGGUUGUACUUGGACAAUACGAAGGAUAUAGGGAUGAUCCGACAGUUCCGGACCACUCUAACACCCCGACAUUUGCUACUAUGGUUCUUCGCAUACAUAAUGAAAGAUGGGAAGGCGUUCCAUUUAUACUAAAGGCAGGAAAAGCAUUGAAUUCAAGGAAGGCAGAGAUACGUAUUCAGUUUAAGGAAGUGCCUGGCGACAUAUACAAAUGUCAAAAGCAAGGGAGAAAUGAAUUUGUGAUACGCUUGCAACCUUCCGAAGCCAUUUACAUGAAGUUAACAGUUAAGCAGCCUGGUCUAGAGAUGUCAACUGUGCAAAGUGAACUAGACUUAUCAUACAGGCAGCGCUAUCAAGGUGUUGCAAUACCAGAGGCAUACGAACGUCUAAUUCUCGACACGAUUAGAGGUGACCAGCAGCAUUUUGUUCGAAGGGAUGAAUUGAGGGCUGCAUGGGAAAUUUUCACGCCUCUUCUUCACAGAAUUGACAAUGGUGAAAUGAAGUCAAUUCCGUACCAACCAGGCAGCCGAGGCCCUAAAGAAGCAGACGAGCUGCUUGCCAAAGCCGGCUACGUUCAAACUCACGGCUACAUCUGGAUUCCUCCCACAUUAUAGAAAGGUAGCUUCCACAUCCUACAUAUGCCGAAGAAGCUGGGAUUUUCUUGCCCCUUCCCCCCUCCCCUCCACCUAUUGCUUUGAUAGUCCUAUGUUCAAUAAUGUGUUUUACCUAAUGGUCCCAUAUCUAAGAUCUAUGUACCGGGGCCUGUUGUUUUUUUGUCUGUUGAUAAUUUGAUUAAGCUCAGGAGAUCUAUGUGAAGUUCUCAGAGCUUGAAUCCGAUAUGUUGUGUAAAAUAAGUAAGUUUUGAGUAAUAAAAAAGCUGUUUGGACUUCUUUUGUAAUC